ACCGUGCCUAGUGGCUAGCGCCCUCUGUCGCGUCACAAUAUGGAGGAGCACACGUUUUCGUCCAUAUACUGUUUCAGUGAUGUUCAAGCUGCGUGUCAACUGGAGGUCUUGCACGACUCUGCUGUUACGGCUAGUGUAAUUAGGCGAAGCUGGAGGCUCAGGGUCAAGGGCUUUGUGUCACUGGAAUAGCCCGGUAUGCUCCAGGAAAUCUUUUGAACGUUCACUGUUGUGUAGGUCUACCCUGGGCCUCGCCUUCUUUUCCUACCGCCAUGUUUGGGCAUAGUCAGCGACUGUGACUGCUUCUCGUUGUCUCCUCUCUACAAGAGUUACAAUAUGACAACUCUGCUGGCUGAGGAGGGGCGCCCUCUUUCCCGCGCUCGUACCUCAACAGGCACCCAGUUGACUCAUCAUUUGAUGGAUGGCUCGGAGUUUUCAGGGCAAGCUGCUCGUUGGCUAAACCCUGCACCGGUACCCCACCAUGCAGACCGCCCAUUUGGAGACACGAUCAAAUCUGGAAUCCACCAAGGUGUACUAUCCCGGUGCGGCAUAGUGGGCGUAUAUCCUGCCCUUGGGAAACUAGAGCCAUGCAGGUGCAAUUGUGAUGGAAUAACCUGAGCAAGUCUCACCGUGACUACCACCGUCGCUACCACCACCAUCCCCCCUCCCACCCCCCGAAAGCAUUGGGCAUGAUGGAGAUAAAACGAUUCACGCGCCACGACACCACCUUCAACGGCUGGCUGCUGAACCGGGCCUCGCACCACGGCCUGACGCACUUCUUCUCCCGCCACUGGCAACGCAACUGGUGCAUCCUUGCCAACGGCCAGCUCCAUUACUUCAAGCACCAGGGCAGCACGUCCCUGCACGGCUGCCGGCUGGUGUCCAGGGCCAGCAACCAGAGUGACCAUGAGCCCCUGGGGUACGUUCUGGAGAUCCACCAAGAAACCAGAACUUCGUCAAAGAGAGGAUCACCUCACGAUCGACAGAAUCCAGAAUCCAAGAAGCACAGUCAUCACAGUUCAAGCUCCAAGCCAUUCCUAAUCUGCACCUCCACAUUACUAGAGCUAGAACACUGGGAGAGAGAAAUACGCCGUGUCAGGGGAGGAGUCUUUGGCCAAAGUUUGGAGGACACCAUCAUCAACGAGAGCGACACCUGCACCAAAGUCAUCCCAUCGGUGGUCGAGAUGUGUGUCACUUACAUCAGAAAUAAUGGCAUCAGGGAGGAAGGCAUCUUCAGAUUAAAUGGGCGCAGCAGCAUGGUACAGGAGCUGCAGGAUGCCUUCGACAAAGGCGAAAGGCCCUGCUUCGAGGACCUCAGCCCCGGGGUGCACACCAUCGCCUCGCUGCUCAAGCGCUACUUCCAGCUGCUGCCGGAGCCCAUCAUCCCCUGGCGCCACUGCAAGUACUUCAUCCCCGUCAUGCAGCAGCUGCAGGAGAAUGAGGAUGAGGGCCGCUUCAAGCUGAUCAUCCAGCUGGCGCUCCUGCCCCGCAUCAACUACAACCUCCUCAAGUACCUGUGCCAGUUCCUGCACGAUGUCCACCGCCAGGAGCUCUACAACAAGAUGGGGCUGGGCAACCUGGCCAACAUCUUCGCCCCGCACAUCCUGCGGCCCAAGCAUGCCCAGGGUGCGUUCCUCCUGGGCAGCACGGCGCUCAGCUUGCGGCUGGUGCACUACCUGAUCCAGCACCAGGACAAGCUCUUCCCGCCCACCAGCGACAUCCAGAUGGACUAUGAGGUCGUGGAGGCACCCUCGCCCGUCUCCAGUUGCGACUCCUCGGGGAGCCUUUACGAGAGGACCAGCUCAUGUGAAUAUGAGGUGGAAAUGAUCCCUCCAUUCCCAGAGCACAAAGAUAGUUUUGGAGAAAGCCUGGACAAGAAGGUGACAAGGGUCCAGAAGUCCGAAAGUUGCAAUUAUGAGCUGGAAUAUUUGGGAGAGGAGUACCGUACACCAGCGGAUGUGAAUAGUAUCUAUGAAAAUUUGGACCUGUCCAAUGGACCAUCAUUGAUUGAAUCGUUGAAAAACCGCAUCUCAGAGAUGCCCAGUAAGCCACUCACCCAGAGCGAACAGAAGGCUAAGCGGUACGGUGUGUCAUACCGCGACCCAGCGUCUAUAGCCACCGUGAUGAAUGGACAUCGGCGCCACUCCAGCGGCAGCCCCAGCAGCAAAACAAGCAGUGUCUCCGGUGAGAACACAGUCCCCAUCAUGCGUGGCAAGAAGCAUAAAGUCCAGAAUGGGGAUGUGCACAGCCAGAUCCAGUCCACCUACCAGAAUGUCAAGACCCUGGCCAUCUCCUUCAAGGAACAACAGGCUGAGGCCAACAACGGCUCCGUGGGCGUCUACCAGAACCCUAACCCUCUCCACCAUGCCUUGAUCCGCGACCUGAAAGCGGCCACCUCCAAUGAAGACGACUACUUGCAGCCCACCUUUCACAAGCAGCCCGUCACCCGCACCAACGCCGAGGCCCUGAAACCACCCAAGCCAGCCCUAAGGACUGUCCAAAACGGGGACGUCCAGAAAUUGCCUCGUCAGACGAAGGAGGAAAAAGAAUCUUUGCUUUCGGCAGACAGUAACGGGCCAAAUGGAAGCUUACCCAGCACUAGCCAUGCCAAUGGACAGAAAGCCAUACCGAGCGGAGACACAGUGGCACCCUCACAGGGACUGAGAGUGCGACUAAGACAGAAAGAAGAGGAGAUUGCAAGGCAGCAGAAAUCUUUGGAGAAGAUCAGGAAAGAGCGUGAAUCACUCAGAGUCAAAUUGGUUGCUGAGGAGGCAGCCCGAAUCACUGCCGAGGAGCGCAAUCGCAAACUACAAUUGGAAGUAGACACGCUGAAGCGACGUCUUGGCCUCAUCCGAUGAACUCAUCCCUACUCGGCCUAACCAGGCCAAUUGCAUAUAGUCUGAUAACUAAGUGCUGUUGCAAAGGCCACCUGGUAUUACGUAUUUAUAUAGUUGAGCCUUUCCAGUUUUAAAUGCUGCUAUUUGCUGUCAACUUUGUUUUUCACGCAAUUAUUUUAUUGUACUUUUCAUUGGAGACCUUUUUCAAGUCUGAUUUUCCCCCCAAAGAGUAGCCUGAAACCGGGCCGGACGGGUGAUGUGGUAUGUCUAUCCAAAGUUGUACCGAUAAAUGUGAGGUUUUUCUGGACACUCUUUUGCCUUGUAGUGAGUGGGGUGUGUGUGAUGGGCAUUGUAAAUCUCCUGCAGUUAAUUUGAAUUAUACAGGUAUAGCAACAGUGUUUAAGUCUGGGGAGCUUGUCAGGUAACGGUUGCCAACAUCUUCUUAUGGGUCAUAGGUCAGUCAGGGGGCCCGAGGUCAACUUUGCUUGGAAUAGCUACGUACUGAUUGCCCUGUGUCAGCUGGCAUGCAAGAUCAGCCAAUCAGAGUAAAGAACAUGAAGUGAAAUCUCAGCACGCCACCAAUAAAAUUCCCGGAGCUAGGACAGGUUGCUGAGCAGCCAAUACCUGCCCUUACAUCAGUGAGAAAAGUCAAAUUGACAAUAUUAAUUAUUUCUUACGGCGCUGCAGUUGAACAGCAGAGCCACCGAACAUUGCUGUAAGGUAACGGCGGCAUUGCCUGAUUACAGCAUUUAUUUCCAUUAAUAAAAUAUCUCCUUAAGGGUAAGAAACGGGCAAUAAGUCCCUCAUGUCAGAGAGGCAAAACUCUGUUCAUUUCAUCCAUAGCAGUCAUGGGCCGCAGGUGGUUGACAGAGAUAAGUCAUGGCUUGACAGGUUGCCAUUCAGGGUAGGAAGGACGCCGCUACUUGAACCUGGAUCAGAAAGUAGCUCGAUCACACCUGUACACUUUAAAAGUGUUACAGAGUUGUCACCGAGCCGGUCACAAAGUCACUGCAAGUUGGUUUCAAGAUAGUACCGAGUCAAAUUACAAGCUAUUGAAAUGAACUAAGGCAUUCAUUUGUCCUUGUUCAGCUCUUCAGUUCUUACCUGACUUGCAGACUGACUUGCAGACAGACUUGUGAGUGACUCGAUACCAACUCCAGAAUGUCACUACAUACACUGUAGUUAGCCACUCGUUUGCAAAGUUCUGUCAAGUUCAAGUGAAACUGUGCCGAAGGUUUCGGUUGCCGUCUGAAUUCGUUAUCAAGGAAUGACCUUUUUUUGAACAACUGAAUUGUUCUUCAAGCACCCACUCAGCUACCAGAGGCCAUUUUCAUUGAUCUGCUUGGCACACUUGGCUGUUGUGAAGACAGGAUACCAGCCAGAGUUGUCAUAUGGUACACAUUGCUUUGGCUGGUUCUCAGUUGAUUUAUUUCUUAGCACAAAAAAGUGCUCAGGAAUUGGGCCUCGAAAGGAAUUCCAUGACAUGGAGUCCAGCAAAGUUUUUGAGAAUUCCAGGUUGUACUUGAAAGAGAACGAAUAUCACUAGACUUCAUAUUCACAGUGAUUUUCUUAAUAUUGUAGUUAUCGUUCUGUUCAAGCAGAACAUCAGGGACUUGCACUGGACCCAUAUUGUAGGCAUAUCUGAGGAGAUGCUGUAACUGUGCUGGCACCACACUCAAGCGUGUCAAAGCAUCUGAUUGGUGGAAGAGGCAGGUAACACAUGCACCCCCCCCUCGGGCACGAGCAUUGUGUCACCGCAGUAAUGACUUCCUGCUUGCCGCAUUGCACAAUACAUGUAUCUCCCUGACCAAAGUAGCAGCAAGGGCCUGUUUGUUUCAUACAGAUCCAGAUCGCAAUCAGCGAUCCGACGUUGGUCCACUGACACCAGAACCCACUUAACUGAUGGCACAAACCAGCUUUGGGAUCACUGAUUGGGAUCCAAAUCUGUGGGCAACAAACAGGCGCUGAAAGACGUUGGACCCAUUAGCACAGAAGCACUGUAGUUAUGAAUUAUAAGUAAUUUUAGUAGACAUUCCACGCACUUUUAGGUAUCAUAGCAAUGGGAUGGGGACAGCAGAGGUCAACUCUAGGUCACAGUUGUUAUCACUCAUGAUUUCAGGUGUUCAUUACCACCAAGUUAAGCUCGGUAAUCUAAAAAUGGGAUGGCGUGUUCAGUUAAUAUUGCCAUCUCAUUUGGCCGGGGGGUAAGAUUAACCUGUGACUGUGCUGAGCCCCACCCCUCCCCCUUUCUUCUCUUUCUAAUCGUUUAACGAAGAACAAUUGCCAACACCUGCGUUGUUUUGGUUGUUACGCUCCGUUUGGAGUUGCAGUGACACCCCGGGGCCAAGUACGCCCGGAACCAGAUCCGGCGCGCGUGUGACCCUCCAGUACUGUGACUCUCUGAAAAGUGGGUCAGGGGUCCACAACCAGUCCCACCUUGAAGUUGAUCACGUUAUAGCUGGAGGGAAAGGCUGGGGGGGGGGUUACUGGGUGGUACGUUGUCUCACUGUGUCUGAUAUCAGUCUGAGGGUGGGCUCGAGAUGGGUGCGGUCAGUGUCAUUUGCCUGAAUGAGAACAACGGGAAAUCAUUUCUGGCGAUAAUCCAACUUUUUUCAAUCAUACUGUGCCCAUUUCUUUGCAAAAAUUUGAUGUAAAAAAAAUCAAAAUUUUGCUGUGCUAGACCUUACAGCACUUGCAAUUCUUAGAUUGAAAUUCCAAAAUUCUGCUCCACUGGCAUUCACGUGGAGUUUGCAAUCCUACACAUUUUGAUUAGUUGACAUCCUUGGCAUUGAGCCAAUCCCCGGUCACCCUCCAAACUUAUUCAACUGUGAGAUAAAAACUGUCGCUUCAGCCGGUAGCACAUCCUUCCCUUUUUUUUUCGUCUCCAUUUUUGCACUCGUGUCACCUCAUUUAUUUUCUGCAAUCGGUAUCUCACAACAUACCCUUCAGCACAAUAUCCAGGUACCGAGGAAGUGUAGUUGAAUAACAAAAAUCUACUUUUGUCUCCAUGGUAAUUUCUCAAACAGGAAAGCAGUCACAAUUACUCAUGUCUGUUGCAACAUAACUUCUUUUUUUUCUGUUUUCGACCACCUUUGGCUUCUUCUAAAUGUCAGGUAGGCCAGGUUGUUAGUCAUUUGGGGGGGGGAAUGGUUUCAGGAGAAGACAAAAAGGUAAAGUUGAGAGAAACUGGAUGUGACCUGUGCCGGUUGAACAGUUAGGAAGCCCCCACGGUGAUACAGUGACUCAUGCAAACUCUUGCGACACAUUGUUUUAUGUGAUGCCGACGUGACUGAGCCACCAGUCGCGGAAGAGGUGUGAGGGUUUUUUGUUACUCUCAGUCCAGACCCCCCUCCCAAAAAAAUGCAAAAAUGUAAAAAAAAAAAAAAAACCUAGACCAUUUCUGAAAGACUCAGUGACCGCCACAUUACUGACUGACUUCAGAGUGUCAUUACAAAUCUAACCCCUAACGUUUAUUCCGUAGUAGUGGGGACUAAUUCAGGCCUGUUUCACAGUUCUUUCAGGGACAAGAAAUGAUGUGGGGAUGCACGAUCAAAACUUUUCACAACUUGGUUUGAGUUCUUGAAGAUUUUCAGAAUCAAUUUUCCAUGUAGCAGUGUUUUGACGGUCUGUUUUGGAAUGUGUCCGUCCGGCGAUGACCAAAGUACAAUCAUUUACAGGGUAGGUCUUUUCAGAUUUCCCUGCUACUUGUACCCCUCAAUCUCAGCAGAGUUUAAUGUGUCUCCCGGAUAUAUAGUCCAAGAACAUCGGGCACAUUUUUGAGUUUGGCCAAUAAUAUUACAAGGAAGAUAGACGUGGCUAUGGACCUACGAUGGCAUUGCUUGUCCUGGUGGAUGUUUGUGGCCAGCUCAUUCCACUGGUAGAUCCACAGGGAGAUUCUUUGAAGGUUUAUCGUUCCUCUCCAGGGUUGACAAAAAAAUUCCCCCCCAGCCAAACCUGGACUUACCCCAGCCUGCACCCCCUCUGUAACUCCAUAUUUAAGUCCCUGAGCCAGGGCCUUGGACAUUGACCUCUGACACGGUUUCUCAAUCCCCACCGCAACCACCAAGGCAAGAAGCCAACCAUAGCAAUCGCAUUACGGACCAGGAUAUAUCCUAAUCAGCCCCAUUUCCCCCCACCCCUGGGGGGUCAUUCCUCACCCAGUCUGAGGCAUAAGGUGUCGCGGUGUGGAUGGAGACUUCCUAGUCCAUUUUCCGAGGCCUGUAGACCAUCCUAUUUUUUUUGUUUUUAUUUUAUAAGUUAAACUUCCCAAAAAUGAUGCAGAGUGGAAAUAUAUACCUUUAUGAAUAACGUAAUAAGCAUAAAUGGAAUUAUUGUCAUUGUAUUGCUUAGAAUAAACCAAUUCAGUAUUUCAACAGGAUAAGGCCAAUUAGGAUUAAAAAAAACACCUGACAUCUCACCUGGUUGAACAUGCUCAGUACGUGCAAUCAAUUCAGGAAUCAAAACAAAGCCAAUCAAUAAGCAUAUUGAUCAUCUCCAAUAAUCAAUAUCUCCAAUGUGCCUCAUUGUUGGGCCGUUAUGUUGGAAUUCUGAACUGGUUAAGCGCUGACUGCAUAGCAGAGGCAACUCAAAUUACAUGAACUGUUGAUUAGGAAGCUAAACUUCAAGUAUAUAUAUAUCUAUUUUAUGUAUAUGCGCUUGUACAGAGGUUUAUUAAAACAGAAUACGAGAUGUGUACACAGGUUUUGUAAAUAUUUUCAGCUUAUUAAAAUAUGUUGGAUUACAGUCCAGAGAGUUACUUACCUAUUGCACUGUGCAAAAAUUUAAGUUAAUGGUUUAAUAAAUUCUAUAAAC